AUGAAUGUCAACAGGAUGUACUCGAUGCAGAACGACAUUAUGUAUUUACAGUCGAGGAGGAAGGUCACCCAGUAUUAUGUGCUGUCACUGCUUUCUGAUUUCAUGAAAACUGUGUUGCUUUUGUUUGAUACGUUGGCCUUUUGUUUCACCAUCUCCACUGCGUUGCUCAUGAUGCUUUUUGGCUAUUUGGGUGUCAUAUCAGAAAAGCCCAUUGCUCUACAUGGAAAGCUGUACAUAGGGACCGUUUAUUUCGACAUUUUGCUGAACUUUUUAAUUGCCUUACUUUUUAUUUACAAUAUAUUUAGAAUGUCCACGUGGAACAUGUCGUACGUGGCUAAAUUUAUUGUAAACCGUAAUUUUUUUUAUUCCAUUAUGACCAUGAUUAUUGGCUUUUGUCUCCUUUCCAUUGUGUUUAAUAUAUAUGCCUUAUACUACACGCGAAGGUUUAAAACGUUGGUAAGGGCCAUAGAAAACGAAACAAAAAAUGCAAGAGCAAAUGCUAGGGCACAUUCAAAGUCCAAUUUAAGGUCAUCUACCAAAGGGAGCAAAAGUGCACGAGGAAAUGCGAACGUGAGGGCAAACGUGCAAGGAAAUACGGGUGCAGCGGAGAGAGCGCACACACGAGGCAAUGUCUACUUGCACGGGAAUGUGUUCCCCCCAGGGAGUGUGCCCACAGCAGGGAGUGUGCCCACAGCAGGGAGCGUACCCACGGCAGGAGGUGCAUUCCCAUCAGGGAUUUCCCCCACAGAAGGAAACGCGCUCGCACCAGAAAAUGCGCAGUCGAACGGAAAUGGGAACAAAAGCGGAAAGGCACAAGCUCUUUCGAACACACGCAGAAAUGGAAAGGAAGAACCAGCACCAAGCGGGGAAAAAAUAAGCAUUACGGUUGAUGAGAACACUGGAUCAGAUGGCAAACCUUUGGAGGACCCAUUCGCAUUGGAAAAGCCGUCUUUUAAUGUUGCCAAGAUGGUAUUCCCCCUGGAUGCUGAGACCAAAAUAAACGACAUGCUAGAGGACAAUGAAAAGGCAAAACUAAACAUGAAAAAAAAAAAUGCACUUGGAUUAGACAAGGAGCAGCAAAGCCAUGAAUCGAGGAGGAAGAAAUUUGUGCAUGAUGAUAUUGCCCCAAUGAAAAUAGAAAUUAUCAAAGAAGAAGUAAAAGAGGAGCUGCCACCUGUGCGCAAGGAGGAAAAGGAAUUGCCCCAAGUUAACCCUUCUGAGAAGGAAGUGCACCCAGGGAAAAAUGCUGAGAAAGAAUUACCUCAAAUGAGUAAUGGUGAGAAAAACUUCUCGUAA